GGGGUGGCGGUGGUAGCAAUACAGAUGCGUGUCUCGCUGGUUGCUGUGGAGGGUGCGCAGCAUGUUUGUGCUGUUCUGUGAUGUAGAGUUUGCGCGAGAAUCCGCAUCUCCAGAGUGAACUUCUGGGGUUGGUUCUGUCGCCAUACCAGGGCGCAUGUCAGGGCCCAUGUGGCUGGCUCUUUCAGCCGGCUUGAUCCAUGUGCAGCAGACUCAGCAUGCAAUAGUCUGUUGCUAUUAUCGACCUCAACUACUGCGACAAACAAUCAUAUUUAAUACGUUAGAUGGGGGGAAAUACCAGGGGCACAAUAAUGAAGAAAUGGCGACACGAUUGUUUGCGACGGGACCGGGAAUACGGUUUAGAGUUAGUUAGGCUCCAAUUUUAUGAUUACUAAGAAUCUUACAUCGGAACUUAACUUGGACAUCAACAAAACACGAUCCACGGCAAACUCAUGGCAAGAAACUAGUUUGUUCCCCUGUGUGACGAUCCGCUUAGACCUGUCAAACACUGGGCGCCAAUAAUUAGCACCUUCCAGAACGCGGGUGAAGCCAUGGAGCUACCAGCCGUGGAAGGCACCAGGACCCUCCCCGUAGACCACCCCACAACAGCUACAACCAUCGAGUCCCUACCUCGCGAGAUCUUUGACCUCAUCUUUCAUCAUGCCGCGGGGCCUAUUCUUUCCCUCUCAGACGCCAUAAGCCAAGAACCUAGCUUUUCAAUUACCAGCGCGGAAAGCACAACUCUGAAAAAUGCGUCCUUGGUCAGCCGCACGUGGCGUCGCUCUACGCUCCACCUUCUCUUCAAGCAUACUCGCCUCAUCCUCCGCGAUAGCCACCUAUGCAGCUUCAAUCUGAAGGGCAACGUGGAUGCCUUUCUCGGUCUCUUCAAAGCGCACGAUCUUGUGGUGUCCAGCUUCAUACUGGGCGUUUAUAACCAUGAAGCACCCAUCCAGCGCGUCCUUGGCUACCAGCCCGAGGAGUAUCAAAGCGUCUGGGCGGAUUUAUUCCAGGUCAUUAACCCCCGGGUUGUCACUAUCGUAGCCCCGCCGAGGUUACUCGGGGACCUUACUAGGUGUGUAAUUGAUAUGGAAGACGCGGAUGCGUUUAAUAUCAAGUAUCAAAUCUUACAGCUCUCGGUGGAAAAGUUGGCGUCUUCCAAGCAGCUUGAUCAACCACAAAAUAACGAAACUACCGUCUCUCAGCCCCAAGGACUUCUCGAGAUCCGGCCCUGGACUUCCGUUCUCCUCAACGAAGGAUCCCACAUGGAAGCCAGCUUGAACUAUGACGCUCCACGCCACCAUCGAGCCCCUUCACUCCUGAAUUCCCUCCUCAUCACUCCACUAUACCCCGCCACGGCUACAACACUAACCUACGUCGCCAUCUUCCCCCUUCGAACGCACUUCGAAACCCUGACAUAUCAUUUACCCGCCGUACACCACCUAUCCUUACACCUCAGCCCGAAAUCCAAAUCUACGGCGCUCUUCCCCGAUGGUCCCAAGGAUGGCUUCUACCAAGACGAGUAUGCUGAAAACAUACUUCAGGAGCGAUUGGAGUGCUACACGCACCUUGCCAAAUAUCUCCUCUGGGACGGUUCGGAUGCCGAGGUUGACCCUGGUAACUGGCGAUCCGUGAAGGAGUUUGAGCCAGCGGAUUUGGUGAAGCAGGAGCGGUGGGAGGAAUCGGUAGGCUAUAUGCUGGGCGCCGACGUGGGGUGGCGAGUUGACCGAAGGGGGUUAUUAGUUAGGGAUUGAAGGUUUCAGUUCGCACCGAGAACUCAAGACUCAAGUGAUACAGCGAUGAUGAUGUUGGAAUGCUUGAGUGGCAACUCUAUCUAUAUUUAGUAUAGCGUGGAUGUGCUGUUGUCGAGUAUCAUCAACCUUCUAUUCCUCAACAUGGAAAGACCGUUAUAAACAUCACAUGAGUCAAUUGCGACGAUGAUAAAGUACUAGCGGAAAUAUUUCAUGCUAUUGCUAUGAAUUGAGGCAUUGAUGGCUGCUAUGUUGGUGUUCGUGAAAAGAGUAAUUGCAACCCCACCCUUGUCACUCCCCAAAUCCGCGACUCAUUCUGAGUCAUCAUGGCUCAUCAUUGCAUUCGGCGCUUUCGGCGCCUCCGGCGCAUAUUGACGGAUACGACAUCUACGUAUUUUGUCGCUCAUACUUUCAAGUCAGCAUAUGCUCUAAUAUAUAAGUGAUCAGGUUUAUUCUUUUCUUCGGG